AGCCAACAAAUUAAGUUUUGCGCGUUGCAUAUCGUUUCUCAGCGAUUUCUUAACAUUGAUGCGUGAAAUGAAUUGAUCGCGAUGAAUUAAAUGUAUAUCGAACAGCAUCGAGCAUCAAUCAGCAGGCCUGGUCAUAUUACAGGUAUCUGACCGCGCGCGGGCAACUCCAAGUAAAAUGGGCAUCGCGGAUCAGGCCGCGGAGCGGAUCGUCGAGCAACGCGGGAAACCCGGCGCGCGCAGAAAUCAAUGCCGUAAAUGUCAAAGCAUGCGCUCAAGGGUAAGAAAAGAACUCGGUGUACGCUGCAGUGCGAGGAAAUAAAUAUCGUAGUGAUCAGGUGCGCGAUCAAAGCCCCAUUCCGCCGGCAGCGGAAACGAGGCAGAGCGAGCAUAUCCGACCGUUCGCGUGUACCAUGGAUUAGGAGAACUUGUCCAAGCGUACCAAGUCGCUGAUCUCUUCAAACAAAUUUCCUUUCACCGAAUCCUCUUCUCCGGCAGCGGCAAUAUGGACGAAAACCUCAGCCGGGGAUACGUCCAGCUGGGCAAGGCCAGGGGCAUGAACGAGUUCAAAUUCUCCAAUGGAUUCACGCAUGUCUCACCACCCGUUGACAAAUGCAACUUCAUUUACAUGGCUCUGAUCCUCGGCGGCAUAGGUUUUCUUCUGCCUUACAACAGCUUCAUUAUAGCGGUGGAUUAUUUUCAAGCUAGGUAUCCGGGAACUACCGUGAUAUUUGACAUGUCCGUCGUUUACAUCGUUAUGGCUUUUUUCGCAGUCUUUGCAAACAACAUUCUGGUUGAGACCUUGUCGCUGAAUACGCGAAUUACAUUUGGGUAUCUGGUAUCUUUUGUUACUCUCAACUUUGUGGUGAUUUGCGAAAUUUGGUGGGAACUUUUCGGCGUUGCAACUUCCUAUACUAUCAAUUUAGUUGCUGUCGCUAUAGUAUCGCUCGGUUGUACAGUUCAGCAAUCGAGUUUUUACGGAUAUACAUCAAUGCUUCCUAGUCGAUAUACGCAAGCUGUGAUGACUGGAGAAAGUGUCGCUGGUUUUUGGGUGUCAAUCAAUCGAAUAAUAACAAAGUCUCUACUCAAUGAUGAACGUGGCAAUACAUCUAUGUUCUUCAUUUUAUCGAAUAUGACAAUCUUGUUAUGUUUUGUGCUACAUCAAAUAGUACGAAAAACCGAUUUUGUGCAAUUUUACAUAACGCUGUGUCAGGAAAGAAAUCGAAUCACGUUAGAACCAACGGAGGAUGUCGGUUUGAUGGAUCCGUUAGAUCAAGUCGGCGAUCCCUCAAAAGGCCAGUAUGGAGUAUUGAAGAUUCAAACGAGUCCAUUGGGAACCGAAUCUGCAAGUGGGAGUGCCGAUUUGAAUGCAGCCGGACAGUAUUCAGCAUUCUCGUUUAGCAAUCCGGUAUACGAACCUAGUGCUCCUUCGGGCAAUCCACCCGGUAGCGCUGGACCAACUUACAAAGUCGAAGAUGUCGUGGUUAUGAGAGGAGCCUAUGGAACGCAAAGCACAAGUACGCCAUGGUCCGGUAUAAAAAGAGGCUUACUCGCAAGACUCGAAGUUGCCAAAUUGAUCUUUCCCUAUAUGGCCAGCAUUGGUACUGCUUAUUUUGUUACGCUCUGCCUCUAUCCAGGAAUCGUAUCGGAAAUAAUAUCUUGCAAAUUCGAAUCAUGGAUGCCAGUUAUUUUGAUGACCGCUUUUAACGCCUCUGAUUUACUUGGCAAGGUAUUCGCUCUAAUACCUUAUGAGUGGAAACGAACUCAGUUGCUUUAUUUCUCUAGCGCACGGGCCAUACUUAUUCCUCUAUUUCUGCUUUGCGCAAUUCCACGUGGAGCACCUAUUCUCUCUGGGGAGGGAUAUCCGCUCCUAUUCUCUUGGCUACUUGGCCUUACAAAUGGUAUAGUUGGUUCCAUACCUAUGAUUCAAGCACCUAGUAAAGUACCGGAAGAACAUCGAGAACUUGCAGGUAAUAUUAUGACUUUGUCAUAUACUACUGGUUUAACUAUUGGAUCUGUAUUGGCAUAUAUGAUGGAUGCCUGUCUUGGCCCACCUGUGCAAAUCAAAGAUGUAUGUUUAAAGACGGCAAAGGCUCAAGUUGGUCUUCAAACUUCGACAACUGCAUUCGCUAACGUAACGGCAAGCAUUCUAACGACCGCAAUAUCUUCCACUUUACCUGUCGUUGAAAGAACAACAGCGGUACCGAAGCCGAAGACUACCGACAAUAUGUUAACCACGAUUCUGAUGUCAACAUUAUUGUCGAACAGCACUGUAAGCUUGCUAAGCGAUGGAGGAUUGUUGGAUGUAUCAACGACGGCCUUACCAAAGAUCUUAGCUAAUGCUACCUCGGUGAACAACGCAAUCUUGCAACAUUAGGACGCAUAUAUUUGUGCGCUGUGUUAAAUCUGGUGCUUUCACAUAAUAUAUAUAUGAUAGAAAGAGAGAAUAUAUGUGUGUGCGUGUUUAUGAUUGAGCAAGUUGUGUGCGUGUCGAAGAAGAUGAUAUAAAAGUUGAAAAGUUGCUAAAAGGCUGAAUAUUUAGGUUGGUCAUACUUUUUAAGUCGGUAUAUACCUAUUAUAAUAAUCGUAAAAUUUGAUUUUUUUUC